AUGGCCACUCCAACCUUGAUAGGCAUGCCAGAGCCUCCUUCAAAUCCGGAUACACCAACGGAGAUGCCUGGCACCCCCAACUCAGCUACGACCUCCCUGUCUGCUCUCUCAACAACAGCCAUAAAAGAUGGCCAUCGCGGCUCUGCAUUCCCUCAUACAGGCCACGGGCACCGCCACACAGGCUCCAGCAACGAAGCCGAGCGCGAGCGCGCAGACCGCAUCUCGUUCCUAGCUGGGCUGGAACGCGUGUCGACUGUCCGCCCAAAUCAGAACCAACAAGGCGGAGCGGCAGCUGGUCCUUCUGCAGGUCAGAUCCCGGGUUACUUCGACCAGAAUGGUAAUCCCGUCUAUACGACCAAGAUGUCGACUGUGGGAUCUGCAUCUGCGACUGGUUCCGCUGGUGGCCGUACGACAACCUGGGCUAGCGGAAGUACCAAGGGACAGACGGAGGCUGGCGACGAGGAUCAAAUGAGUACGGAUGCCAAUUAUAGGGAUAUCGAUGAUCGAGAUCGAUUCUCUGCGAGCGCGAUGGACGAGGACAUGGAUGGAAUGAGCGAUGAUGCUAGUCUAGUAGGCUUUGGAGAAGGUGCUGGCAGCACAGUCAGUGGUCCUAUUUACAGUCGACGAGAUCUGGUCACCAAUCCUGCUGUUGGAAGAAGUGGCCUGGCCAGUCAGCUUCAGAGCAGCGGUUCAGGAACUCCUGGCGAAUCGCAAAGUUUCGGCGACUCGAACAGAGUUGCUAGUCCAAGUGCUGGCGUUCAAGCUGCGGAGCGGAUCAUGAGAGAUAGAGUUGAUGGUACUGGGGAGUCGAGGAGACCGCUGGGCAGUCCUGAUGAGGCUGGGUUGGGAAAAUUUUACUUCGAGGAUAAGAAGUAG